CAGGUUUGAAAUCAGCUUUGAAUUCAUGGAUCUUAAGCUCUUAAUGACUUUAAGUCUUAUAAUUUAACUUGAACAUGCCAAAGAUUUUCACCUCUUUGUUAUUCACUAUCUAUAUCAUAGGCAUGGCAUGGAGUAAAAGUGUUCAAGUGACAGACCUCAUAGUACCCUCUGCUGCUGUGUUAGGUGAUUCGGUGACUUUAGAAUGUAGUUAUGACUUAGGUACUGAAGAACUUUACGUUGUUAAAUGGUACAAGGAUGAUAUAGAGUUUUAUAGAUAUGAGCCGAAAGAUGAUAACCAGUCCAUCUAUUUUCCUCAGCCUGGAAUUGAUAUUGACCUAGAAAAAUCCAACAGCAACACUGUUUUCCUGAGAAACGUUGCUUUGAAUUCCGCUGGAAAUUACAAAUGUCAAGUAUCAACAGAUGCACCCACCUAUAGUUGUGUGCAGGCUGUAAAAGAAAUGAAUGUCAUAAUUUUACCAUCUGAAGGCCCACAAAUUAGUGGUGGCGAUAAGAGUUACGAGUUUGGAGAAAAUAUAACGCUGAAUUGCACAUCUGCUGAGUCAAAGCCUGCUGCCAAAUUGAGUUGGCUUGUUAAUGAACAGCCAGUGGCUGAAGGCGAAACACGUGACCAUGGUGUAUCCAUGAAGCGAAAUAGCCUACAAAUAUCUUCGAAUUCACUUUACUUAAAAGUAACAAAAAGUUUAUUCACUAAAGGUAAAGCAUCUAUCAAAUGUAUAGCAUCAUUUUCUGGAGCUUUUGAAAUUGUUAGCAAAGAUGUGAAAAUAUUAGAAAUAAGUUAUGCUUCCACAAAUUUUCUAAGCAAUUUUCUAUCACUGACGCUCAUUUGUUUUCAUCUUUAUAUUAAUUUUCGUUUUUAAGCGAUGUUCCGUCCUGAUGAAGCUACUGAAAAAGAAAAUUGUCUAUUAUUAAGUUUUCAAUACUUUAGAUGUUAAAAUUUAGAAGGAGAAAAAAUUAUUAUUUCUUGUAGAAUCCUUGCUUGUUCAAAAUUAAAUGCGAGUUUAGUUUUAAAAAUCAACGUGCAUUAACAUUCCAGUAGGCCUGCAUACAGAGCGUUCCGUAAAAACUGCCCUUAAUGUGUAUUUUGAAAAUAUUUAAAUGAAAAUAUACAAAGUUAUUUAUAGAAGGUAACAAGUUAAUAUUUAAGUGAGAAAAAAAGGAUAUUAAAAUCUGUAAAAUUACAGUAGAGGAAGGUGUAUGUAAUAAACAUCAAAACAGGUUUAAUUGGAGGCUAAUACUUGAGGGUGUAUCCAAUAAUCGGCUUUUAACUCCUCUCAUGUUGUUGUUCCUCACAUUCGUCUUCCUGUACUAUGAUUUGUCUGAUUUCGACUGCGUUUUUUUUAAUUUUAUUUUAUUUAUUUUUUUAUAUUUUUUUUUAAUAUUUUUUUUUUAUGGUUUAAUAGCAUCCUCUCCAAUGUGUAUGCAUUUUUGAUAAAUAUUCUAAAAAUACAUAUUAGCUAUGGUCUUUACAGAACACCCUGUGUAAGAAAAGACCUGGAUAUGAAUUACUUUUCUGACUUUCAAUUCUAGUGGCUUUCUUUUUAAGUAAUUAUUAACCUUAAUGCAAUAUGACAUUAAUAUUUAUACUCCAAACAAUUCCACAAUUGGCAAUAGCAUAUCUAGUUGGUAUGAAGGUAAUGGCCUGCUGGAAGGUUAAUGAAGAAGUAACUUAUUUUUAAUAAUGCAUUUAGUUUGAAAUAUUUGAGACUGCAUUAAUUAAUACAUAUGAUUUUUAAUACAGAUUCAUUCAAAUAGUUUUUUAAUGUGUUUUAUACAAAUUUUUCUUUCACAUUUUAAUUUUAACUGUAGCUGAUUUAGAUAUACACUUACAAAUUUUUGAGCCACAAUAUCUUUGUUCCACAAUAUUGUGCAAAAUAAUUUAUCUGAAAUUCUUUCUGAAUGUUUCUUCUGACUGUUCAGUGAUGAUAUUGCAGUUUUUAUAUAAUUUUUUAUUAUUUUACAUAAAUUAUCAUAUGUGUUGAAGAAACAACUUUAUUUUAUGAUAUUACUUUGCGAUGGAGUCGACACUUCCACAAAGUUUAUAAACCAAUAAUACGAUUUUUUAUUUGAUAAAUUUCGCUUAAAUCUCCUAGUGCAAUUUUCUUGUUAAUGAAAAUACCGUGUUUACGAUAUGUAACCGUAAAUUAAAAUCCUCAGGCUCAAUAAACGUUUCAUCUAUGGAAACGAAAACGAAAUAUUUCAAACAUAUAUUAAUGAAACUUCAAAUGGAAAAUUAAUUGAUAUUUAUAACUCAAUCAAGAGAUUUUUAUACUAAAUGCAGCAAAAAAAUAUAUCAACUCACAUUUUGAAAUAGUCCUAUAUUUAUUUCAAUUUAUAUUUUAUAUCUUAAACAUUUUCGUUUCCAAUUGAUGUAAAUAAUGCACAACCGAGAUACGAAAAAUUCUAAAUUUUUUUCCUGAGAUGUAGAUAUACUUUCUUGAUCAUUUAUUUUAAUAUCACUUUUUUUGUUGUAAUUAUACUAUAUAUAAAUGUUUCAUAGCAAACUCGAAGUGAGUUUGUAAAAUUAUUUUCUCGUAAAUGAUAUUAAGGAAUGCAUGCGGCCCAAGCCACAAUUGCACUGGAUUGAUAUCCCUUUUAAUGAUAAAUGUAAUAAUUGUUUACUGUAUACAUUUUACUUUGGUAGAAUAGUUUAUUGUAAAUAUUUUCAAGUGAGAAUUUUGUACGACUGUAUGUAUGUGGUAAUAAAUAAUUUGAAAUAUUUUUAUAAAUAAAGAGAGUAUAUAUCUGUCUGAUGA